AUGGCGGGAUUGCGAUUACUCACGCUGUUGGCGUCCGUCGCUCUUUUAUUGUGCUUUUUUCCUUCUUGUUCGGUUCAUGCUCAAUCAGACACCGAGGGUCCACUCCACACAACAAAUCAUGUAAAGCGUUACGGCUCAGGGGCUCCUUACUGGAUGUCCCAAAUUCCCAGACAAGGCAAAGUGGUUUACGGCACAAACUCUUCAUAUCCUGUAUGGAGAAACGUCAAGGACUAUGGUGCUAAAGGUGAUGGCGUAACCGACGACACUGAUGCUAUCAAUAAUGCGACAUUUGCUGGGGGCAGAUGCCAAUAUCCUUGCGAGUCACAGACAACUGCCCCAGCUAUCGUGUACUUCCCCCCCGGUACAUAUGCCAUCAGCCGCCCGCUGGUCAUGCUUUACUACACCCAAUUCAUUGGUGAUGCAAACAGCUUGCCUGUAAUUCUAGGUCUACCCAACUUCUACGGCAUCGCACUACUUGACUCCGACCCAUAUCUGCCAUAUGGGCUCAGUUGGUAUGCCAACCAGAACAACAUGUGGCGUCAGGUCCGUAAUUUCGUCUUGGACAUCCGACAAAUCCCCAAAGGCACGGCGCACUGUUUGCAUUGGCAAGUGGCUCAGGGGACGUCAUUGCAGAACAUUGUUUUUGAAAUGACCGAGGGCGGUGACAACAACAAGCAAAUGGGUAUCUUCAUGGAUAACGGAUCGGCACUAUACCUGGAAGAUCUCAUCUUCAACGGUGGCGGUGUUGGCUUCUUUUCCGGAAAUCAGCAGUUCACUUGUCGAAAUCUAACCUUCAACAAUUGUCAGACCGCCAUCUACCAAAACUGGAACUGGUUGUUCGCCUACAAAGACAUCGUCAUCAAUAAUGCCAAAAUCGGUAUAGAUAUGACCCAAGGUGGGGAUGUCAUCACUACCGGCUCGAUCAGCUUGCAAGACGCGACCAUGAAUAAUGUCGAGAUUGGUGUUCUUACCACCUUCUCUGGCAACUCAACCCCUGCCUCGGCUGGAACGCUUCUCUUAGAUAACGUCAACUUCGUCAAUACACCUGUCGCUGUUCAGCUUUCUCCCAGCAAUGCUACAAUUCUUGAAGGAAACCAAAAGAUCGCAUCCUGGGCUCAGGGCAGAGUUUACACUGCUUACGAGUCUUCCUACGAGGAGAACAACUUGACCUGCUACGGGCCUGCAGCCAAAUUCGAUCGAGUACAACAACUUGUUGAGCCCCCUCCGAAAUCACCAUCUUUGCUGACCCCAGAUGGUUCGUUCUACACGCGUUCAAGACCACAGUACGAAGGCGUUCCGGUCGAAAACUUCAUAUCCAUCAAAACCUAUGGUUGUGCUGGCGAUGGUGUCACCGAUGAUACUGCAUGCGUUCAGAGCUUCUUAAACUCAAUUCGAACGGACCAGAUCGCCUAUAUUGACUACGGCGCGUAUGUGAUCAGAGACACUAUCAACUUUCCCAUUCCGAUUAAGGUCCAGGGUGAGUUAUGGCCUUACUUCAUGGUGGAUGGCAGCGCGCCAAAGUUCAGCGAUCAGAACAACCCCCAAGUCGCAUUCCGUGUGGGACAGCCUGGUCAAGUCGGUGACAUUGAACUUGUUGAGAUUAUGUUCCAAACUUUGGGCGCUGCACCAGGUGCAAUUCUGAUGGAAUGGAACCUUGCGCAAUCAUCUCCAGGAUCUGCCGCAAUGUUCGAUGUUCACUGGCGUGUCGGUGGCACAAAUGGCACGAAACUGCAAUCCUACAAUUGUCGCAAGACACCCAACGUCCCCACCUCCCCAAAAGCUGAAUGUUAUGGCGCCUUCCUCCUUCUUCAUCUUACAAGAUCCUCGUCUAUGUACAUGGCUAACAACUGGGGCUGGGUCAGCGAUCACGAAAUGGAUUUGGCCGAUCAUGACCAAAUCAACCUCUACAAUGGUCGUGGAGUUUUGGUCGAAAGCCAGGGUCCCGUGUGGAUGUUGGGCACUUCUUUCGAGCACAGCAUGUUGUACAAUUACCAGAUCGCUUCAGCGAAGGAGAUUUACAUCAGUGCCAUUCAGUCAGAGACUGCGUACAUGCAAAACAAUCCUAAUGCGAUCUCGCCAUACCCUCCGCUGUCAAAUUGGAACGACCCAACGUUCUCCGAUUGUUUCACUGUCAAUUGCCCUAAGACCUGGGGCCUACGCAUCUUUAAUAGCACAUACAUCUUUGCUUACGGUGCUGGAAUGUACUCUUUCUUCAACAACUACGACUCUGGUUGUUUGGCUACUACGAAUUGCCAGCAGAAGAUGGUCAGCGUUGAACAAAGCCAAGGUAUCUACCUAUACGCAGUCAACACGGUGGGCUCAUCGAAUCUGGUUACGGUCGAUCAGGUAGAUCUCGUGCCUGCCAUUUCGAAUGCGAACGGCUUUGCGGACACAGUGGCGAUUUUCGAGUAUCCUUGA